CCUCAAUAAAUUGGAAUGUUAAAGUCUCUCAAUAACCUUGACCUCUCAUCCAACAACCUCACUGAUUCAAUCCCAACUUCAAUAGGGAAUUUAACCAGUUUAACCAUUCUAUACCUUUCUAAAAACAAGCUUUCAGGAUCAAUUCCUCAAGAAAUUGGGAGGUUAAGAUCUCUCAAUAAUGUUUCACUCUAUAAAAACAAUCUCAGUGGUUCAAUCCCAACUUCAAUAGGGAAUUUAACCAGUCUAACCAUUCUAUACCUUUAUGAAAACAAGCUUUCAGGAUCAAUUCCUCAAGAAAUUGGGAUGUUAAAGUCUCUCAAUAACCUUGUCCUCUCAUCCAACAACCUCACUGGUUCAAUCCCAACUUCAAUAGGGAAUUUAAGCAGUUUAACCAUUCUAUACCUUUUUGAAAACAAACUUUUAGGAUCAAUUCCUCAAGAAAUUGGGAGCUUAAGAUCUCUCAAUAAUGUUUCACUCUAUAAAAACAAUCUCAGUGGUUCAAUCCCAACUUCAAUAGGGAAUUUAACCAGUCUAACCAUUCUAUACCUUUAUGAAAACAAGCUUUCAGGAUCAAUUCCUCAAGAAAUUGGGAUGUUAAAGUCUCUCAAUAACCUUGUCCUCUCAUCCAACAACCUCACUGGUUCAAUCCCAACUUCAAUAGGGAAUUUAAGCAGUUUAACCAUUCUAUACCUUUUUGAAAACAAACUUUUAGGAUCAAUUCCUCAAGAAAUUGGGAGCUUAAGAUCUCUCAAUAAUGUUUCACUCUAUAAAAACAAUCUCAGUGGUUCAAUCCCAACUUCAAUAGGGAAUUUAACCAGUCUAACCAUUCUAUACCUUUAUGAAAACAAGCUUUCAGGAUCAAUUCCUCAAGAAAUUGGGAUGUUAAAGUCUCUCAAUAACCUUGACCUCUCAUCCAACAACCUCACUGGUUCAAUCCCAACUUCAAUAGGGAAUUUAACCAGUCUAACCACUCUAUCCCUUAAAGAAAACAAACUUUCAGGAAGUAUCCCCUCCACCAUUGGUAGCUUAAAGAACCUCAAAUUGUUGUCCUUGUAUUCAAAUCAACUAUUUGGUGCCAUACCUCCCGAGUUAGGAAAUCUACAUUCCCUUAAUGACUUGAGAUUGUUUCAAAAUCAACUCAAUGGCUCUAUUCCGCUCGAAUUGGAUAAGCUUACACAUUUGCAAGUCUUUGACGUUUACCAUAACAAGCUCACCGGUUAUCUACCCCAAGGUCUAUGCCUUGAUGGAUCAUUGAGACGCCUACUUGCUUCACACAACAACUUAACAGGUCAUGUCCCAAAAAGCUUGAGAAAUUGCAAGUACUUGUAUCGGGUUAGACUUGAGAACAACCAACUCCAAGGAAAUGUACAAGAAGAUUUUGGCGUACUCCCAAACUUGGUUUACAUGGAUUUGAGUUAUAAUCAUUUCAUAGGUGAGCUUUCUGAAAAUUGGGGAAAGUGCAAGAAGUUGACUUCUCUAAAGAUCUCCAAUAACAAAAUCAGUGGAAAAAUACCAUUUGAGCUAGGUGGGGCAACCCAAUUGCAAUAUCUUGACCUCUCUUCAAAUCAUCUGGUACAAGGUAUCCCGAAGAAUUUGGGAAACUUGGGAAAAUUGUACAACCUUAAUUUGAGCGGUAACAAGCUCUCAGGCUACAUUCCAAUUGAGGUAAGAAGGUUGUCUGAAUUGCGAUACCUUGAUUUGGCAGCGAACAAUCUCAACGGGCCAAUUCCAAGGGAGGUGUCAGAGUGUGCAAAGUUACUGAAUUUGAAUUUGGAUGAGAAUCUACUUAUAGGUAGUAUUCCAGUUGAAAUAAGCAAGUUGAAGUUUCUUGAAAGCCUUGAUCUUGGAAACAACAUAUUGACGGGUGAAAUACCACAAGAGAUUGGGGGAAUGCAAAUGUUGCAAUAUCUAAAUCUCUCUCACAAUAGGCUUUCUGGUUCCAUCCCAUCAUCUUUCACCAAUGGGCUACCAAGUCUAACAUCAGUUGAUAUAUCUUACAAUCACUUAAAGGGUCCUUUUCCAUGCACCAAAGCCUUUAACGAAGCUCCAAUCGAAACAUACAGAAAUAAUGAUGGUUUGUGCGGAAAUAAGACAGGCUUGACACCUUGCUCGCCUAGACUAAGCAAUGCCACCAAAGCCAAAAAGCUAAAGAAAGUCAUGUUUUUUGUGGUAAUUCCUAUUGUGAGCACUCUAUUUCUUUUACUUGUGAUUCUCGGUGCCUUUCAAGUUUUGAGCAAAAGUACAACAACUAGCGAGAAUGAGCUCCAAGAAAUAGAUAGUAUAAAUUUAUUUGAAGUAUGGAGCUAUGAUGGAAAGUUGAUACAUAAACACAUCAUGGAAGCAACUGAACACUUUAAUGACAAGUAUUGCAUUGGUCAGGGAGGAUAUGGCAUUGUUUAUAAAGCUAAGUUACCAAGUGAUUUGAUUGUUGUCGUGAAGAAGGUCCAUUCUUCAGAAGAUAGCAAUCUUGCUUAUUUAAAAAGCUUUGAGAACGAGAUCCGUGCCCUCACAGAGGUUCGACAUCAUAACAUCAUAAAAUUUCAUGGUUUUUGUUCGAAUCCACGACAUUCAUUUUUGGUUUAUGAGUUUUUGGAAGGAGGAAGCUUAGAAAAGGUGUUGGGAAAUGAAGAAGAAGCUUUGAAGUUUGAGUGGAGUAAGAGGGUGAAUGUCAUUAAAGGUGUAGCAAGUGGUUUGUGUUACAUGCACAAUGAAUGUUCACCUCCAUUGAUUCAUCGGGACAUAUCAACCAAGAAUGUUUUACUUGACUCGGAAUAUGUUGCUCACAUAUCCGAUUUUGGUACUGCUAGGGUUUUAAAGCUGCAUUCCUCCAAUUGGACCUCAUUUGCAGGAACCUUUGGAUAUGCUGCUCCAGAACUUGCUUAUACAAUGGAAGUGAAUGAUAAGUUGGAUGUUUAUAGUUUUGGAGUAUUAACUUUAGAGGUGUUAAUGGGAAAGCGCCCAGGCGAAUUCAUCUCGUCCCUUUAUUUUGCUUCCUCUUCCUCAUCAUCACCAAUAAUUGUGGAUGACAUAUUGUUGAAAGAUAUAUUAGACAAUCGCAUCCCACCACCCGAGAAUCCAAUGAUAGAAGAAGUUGUUAGUAUUGCAAGGCUAGCAUUUGCUUGCUUGAAUACCAAUCCACAAUCUAGACCAUCUAUGCAGCAAAUUACUUCUGAGCUAUCAAAGAAAAAGGACAUCUAUGCAAAGUACAUUCCAAAUGGUUACUCUUAGACA